AUGACGUCGCGAAAACGACCGGCGGAAUCACAUCCUGAUGGCGCUGUCCGGGCGGCCAGCAAAUCGUAUUUUGUCACCCCGCUGCCGAAACCUCUGACCUCCGAUAAUCUCAGUCCGCCACUCAGCCCGUCUUCGACUUGCGGCUGCCAGAAGCUCGCCGGCAUGGAUCGACUCGUCGCUCUGUCGCCGACGCCGACCGUCGUCCUCGACAGAGACUUUGACAUUAUUAUCAUGUCCUCUUCUUGGAGGCGGUUGGCCGACAUCGACCCCGAGCAACUUCGCGGCAAGAACUUUCUAGAAAUUAUCGGCGACCUGCUGCUGCCCACCGAACACCACAACAUCCUGCAGAUGAUCCAAGACGCCAUCGCAAGUCGCAAAGAACAGAAAUCCGAGCCCGUGCCGGGGAUAGCGACGCCCACUUAUUGGCGCAUUGAAGCUCUACCGAUUCAUGACGGCGAUGACCUCCUCUAUGUCGUAGUAAAGUGCCAAGACGUCACCGAGGAGAUCCAAAAAGCCAAAGAGCGUUCCGCUCAACUCGCGUCCGCAGAGACAUUUCGGACGCUGGUCAGCACGCUCAGAGAUUACGCCAUGUUCAUGCUGGAUCCCAAUGGCUGCAUAGCUACCUGGAAUACUGGAGCCAUGCUUCUUAAACAGUACAAAGAAGAAGAAAUCAUUGGAAAGCAUUUUUCAACCUUUUACAGCGAAGAGGACCGAAAAGCGCGAAAGCCCGAGAAGGAACUGGAGGUGGCUCUCCGGGAAGGCAAGGUCGAGGAUGAGGGCUGGCGCGUCAAGAAGGACGGCUCUAGAUUUUGGGCGAACGUCAUUAUAUCUCCUGUCUACCGAGACGGUGUCUUGACGGGCUUCAGCAAAGUCACGCGAGAUCUGACGGAACGAAAAGCCGGUGAAGCACGGUUGAUUGCUGCUUACGAGGAAGCAUCAAAAAUGAAGUCGGACUUUUUAGCCAACAUGAGUCACGAGAUCCGGACGCCUAUGCACGGCAUGCUUUCCGCCCUAUCGCUCCUAAUUGAUACGGGUCUCACAGAAGAGCAGAAGGAACUGACCGAUAUCAUUGACGAGUCGGGCGCCAUCCUCCUACAGGUCAUCAACGACAUCCUCGACUAUUCGAAGCUGAGCUCCGGCUCCUUUUCCAUAAACAAAGAGGUCAUGAACAUUUCUGACAUAGUUGCCGCCGUACGACGAUGUUUCAACAUUGGUUCUACCGAAGGGUUAAGAUUUGAAGUCGAUUUGGACCCCCACCUGCCGGCCUUUGCUCAAGGAGACCCUCUUCGAUACCGGCAGAUCCUUCAGAACCUGGUUUCGAACGCCGUCAAGUUUACUGACAAGGGCUACAUCCGCGUUAAAGUAGCCGUCAUUCGUGAGGACGAAGCCACGUUCGAAUUGAAGACAGAAGUCAUUGAUUCGGGUAUCGGCGUGAGUCAGGAAGCCGAGAACGUCCUGUUUACUCCAUUCACUCAGUUGGACAACUCCUCCACGAAGAAAUUCAAGGGCACGGGACUCGGACUCUCCAUCUGCAAGAGCCUGGCUGAGUUGAUGGGCGGUAAUGUCGGGUACUUGGAAAACCCUUUGCACAAGGGCAGCAUUUUCUUUUUCACGACAAAAGUUAACAAACUUGAAGUGACGCCAGUGAAACCCCUUGCGAAGGCCGCGCCGGAUGUUGAACUCAGGAAAUUGGCCCAUACGAAGCAUCUGUUGCUGGUUGAAGACAAUGCCAUCAACCAGACCAUCAUGGUUCGCCUGUUGCGAAGCUUUGGGUUCGAAAAGGUGGAUAUAGCUGCCGAUGGCGCGGAGGGUUUGAAAAUGGUCACACAGAAACCGCUGGCAUACAGUCUGAUCCUGAUGGACAUCUCCAUGCCUGUGAUGGACGGUGUCACGGCUACCAGGAAGAUCCGUGCCGCUGGGCAUGCCAUGCCCAUUGUUGCCAUGACCGCCAAUGCCCUCAAAGGAGACGAAGAAGCAUAUCUGGCCGAAGGCAUGAAUGACUACAUUGCGAAACCGGUGGAUCGAAGGUUGCUCAUGGAGUCGUUACUACGUUUGCUGGGUUGA